AUGGAUUUCGACGGAUGGGCAACUCCAAAAUUAAGGGAACUCUAUCUCAACAACAACUUUUUGACCUCCGUCCCUGCUUUCAAGAGCGACGGUCUAGAAAUAUUCAACCUUCAUAGCAAUAGUAUCACGAGUGUGGAGAUCGACGAAUGGAUAACUCCCAAAUUGAGGGAACUCUAUCUCAACAACAAUUUCCUCACCUCCGUCCCCGCUUUCAAGAGCGACGGUCUAGAAAUAUUCAACCUUCGUAGCAAUAUGACAAGAGAGGAGAUCGACGGAUGGCCCACUCGGCCACAUCUGCCCACUCCCAAACUGAGGAAGCUCUAUCAAAACAACAACUUGUUGACCUCUGUGCCUGCCAUGAAAAGGAAUAGCAUCAGGUAUGGCAGAACUAGUACGGUGAUUCAUCUGAACGACAACAAAAUCGUUGCAUUGUCUCAGGAGAGCUUCCGCCCAAUUUUGGACAGAAUGUCCAACAUCUCUACAGAAGAUGGAAUCCUUGAUAUAAGUGGUCUCCUAGGGGAAUCUGGCAUUGCAGCCGUAUCGGCGGCAGCGAUUUCGUUUGUUGCUUUAGUAGCGAGCUCCAUUUCCUACUACCGCUUCAGAAAGGAAAAAGCCCGAAACAUCGCGUUGUCCAACGAGGAGACAGAACGUUUCCUAAAAGGACAGCCCGGGAGUUUGAAUUCAGCAAUGGGGCUCAGCGAACAAGCACAUCUUCUCCCCCUUGACAAGCAAUGGGACUUCCCACCAGAGAAGCUGAAACUCGGAAAAAUGCUCGGCAGCGGCCAAUUCGGUUACGUACUAAAGGCCGUGGCUAUUGGAAUCCGUCCUCCGGAGCCGGAAACAACCGUUGCCGUGAAGAAAAGGAAGUCUCAUUCCAGCCUGGAGAAUUACCAGGCGUUGAUGAUGGAGGUAAAGAUCAUGAGUCACCUCGGAAUGCAUUUGAAUGUCGUGAAUUUCCUAGGAGCCUGUACCAAAGACCUGGCACAUGGGAAUCUGAUGAUGAUUGUGGAAUAUUGCCCCUUUGGGAGUCUGGAUAAGUAUCUGAGGGCCAAUAAAGAUUACUUCAACGAUCAAAUAGACCCUCACAUAAAUAAAAUGGAAGACAACAUCGGGAAAAAGCAGCAUCUGGAAUCAUUGGCUGGCUCUGGUGGGACUAACAGUGGAUCACAGGUGGAUUUAGCUGUCUCUGACACCAGGAUUCCUUCUUCAAACAAGAACGCCCUUCGGAAGUCCUCAGAGGAAUGUGUACUCUCGAGACGAUUCACGACUGGCAAUCUCGUCUCUUGGGCGUACCAGAUAGCUCAAGGCAUGGAAUACUUGGGCUGUCGAAAGGGAGAGGAGUACUUUCUGCUCUUGAACGAUCUCACCCACUCACAUUCUUGGGUGGAACUAGAAGGGAAGCGUCAAUAUGGAGAGUAUGGUAUUGCUGAGAAAUAA